AUGUCGGAAAGCUCGCUGUCGGAACGCUCGCCCAAAGCGCUCAUCGCGAGCACGAGACGGGAACCUGAGGAGGCCCUCGAACACCAUGUUCAAGCAGCAAACAAGUAUGUGGGGCUGUGCAAGGCGAAGUGGGAGAAAAGCUUAGAAGAAGCUAGAUUGAAGGCAGAGCGCUAUCGCAACAAGUCAGAACAGGAUGCUCGAGCGCUCAAGCGCUGCCAGCAGGAUCUUCAGGACGCUCAAGCUUCGGUGCGAGAGUACAAGAGUCUAGUCCAAGCUACGGGCGAGGUCUUCGAUGCAGCCGCACCCAAGGAGGUCUUCGAGAAGGUCGAUUCGUACAACGCUCAGGUGGAAUUGUUGGUCGAUAGCAUGUUCGGUGACUUGAAGAUGACCGGAUCAAGGGCGAUGCGCCGAUCGGCAUUGCACGAGAAUCUGCAUUUCGCCAUGCACCAGCACGUCGUUGUGCCAUUUGUCAGCCUCAUGGACGAUACUUCACCAUGGGACGAGGUCUUCAUUUGGAUCCAGGAGCAGGAUGGUGUCUCCGUUCGCAGGCGGGUGCAAGCCAAGCUGAGGAACGCGCUGAGGGCAGUGUGCUCGCGAAGGCCGAUAAAGAGCGAGGUGAAGGACAUCAUUUCCACCAUCAAGCGCAGAAACAGCAGCUUGGGAAUCUCCUUCACGCAGGGCAAAAUUGCGGACAUGCUCUGCGAGGUUUCCAGGGAUCUGGAGGAUCUACUUGAAUGCCUUUGCUCGAUCAGCACGGACGUGCGCGAGAACUUGCUGGAGGACGACUACUAUCUUGUCGUGAAUGGACUUGGCAUCAGGUGUGCUUUGCAGCUCAAGAAGCGGUCCAGCAAAGCGAGUGUGAGCUGCCCGAGAGCCGUAUCAACAGAGACGGAUGCGACCGAAGGCUGUGCAAAGAAGAAGAGGAGCUCCGCGCGCUCCGAGACGCAGGACAAGCGACAGCAAAAGAGGAAGAAUGAGGAAUGA